AUGAAUUCUGAAGCAUGGCACAAUGCUGAAGUAACAGGUCACUACUAUACCAGCCACAUGUACAGGGAGCUCAAAGGCCCCAAUCCGACUAUACCUUGGCGGAACUUAAUGAGGAAGAACCAGACAAGACCUCGUGCCAUCUUUGUGAUGUGGAUGACAUGCCAUUCUAGAUUGAAUACGAAAGACAGGUUGGCUAGAUUUGGUACUAUCACUGAUGAAGCGUGUCUGUUCUGUGGAGAUAUAGAGACUUGCAGCAACUUAUUUUUUGCUUGCAGGGAAACACAUAUUCUGUGGAAACAAGUCCUCCAUUGGAUUCAUAUUGAUCAUGGGCCUCAAGCUUGGGAGAAUGAGUUGAAAUGGAUUAUUGGAAGGAGCAAAGGUAAAAGUCGUAUUGCUAAAUUGCUGAAAAUUUGUAUGGCUGAGGUUAUCUACUAUGUUUGGAAUGCUCGAAACAAGAAGGCUUUCCAAGGCAUUGACAGUGCUCUCAACAUCCAAGAUAUUAAAGAAAUUGUCUGUACUAUGGCGCAAUCGGAUAGACAACUUAGGGGAUUCUGUAAUGAACUCUAA